GGAGGGCAUAGGCCCACCACUUGGAAGCCUGACCCAGCCAAUAUGAAUAUGUUUUUCCCCACAAAAGGGCUUUAUUACAGACAGAAAUACUCCUCAGUUUCAUCAGCUGUCUGGGUGGCUGGUCGCAUGAUCCCCCAGGUAAAGAAGCCGGAUGUGGAGGUCCUAGACUGGCGUGGUUACACGUGGUCUGCAGUUGUGAGGCUGAUUGGACAUACUGCCAAAUUCUCUAAAACGACAUUAGAGGCAGCUUAUAGUAGAGAAAUUCAUAUUCAAUGGUUGACAUUUCUGCAGUCAUCAUGCCAAUUGCACGCUCCCUCAAAACUUGAGACAUCUGUGGCAUUAUGUUGUGUGACAAAACUGCACAUUUUAGAGUGGCCUUUUAUUGUCUCCAGCACAAGGUGCACCUGUGUAAUGAUCAUGCUGUUUAAUCAGAUUCUUGAUAUGCCACACCUGUCAGGUUGAUGGAUUAUCUUGGCAAAGAAGAAAUGCCCACUAACAGGGAUGUACACACAUUUUUGCACAACCUUUGAGAUAAAUAAGCUUUUUGUGUGUAUGGAAAUGUCUGGGAUAUUUUCUUUAAGCCCAUGAAACAUGGGACCACACUUUACAUGUUGCAUUUAUAUUUUUGUCCAGUAUAAUUUGACAGUCCCUGAUUUAUGUUUACUAUGUUACGUCUAGCCUAUGAGACCAGGCUGCUAGUUUCUAAAGCCCAUACCCUGAAUUAGUGCCGGGCAGAGGAUACAUAGCCUUUUCGUAACAGGUCUCUCAGAGCAAAGUGUGUUCACUGCAGCUCCACCCACACCGUGUAGGACGGAUUAAGGUUCUAUCCUUUUCUGAGAAGUGUGUAAACCUUCGUGCUCCCUGUUCAGUGUGGGAUGCUAGCGGACCGGUGGCGAGCCGAGGCUGAAGGAGCAUGGUGAAGCACCAACCCUUGCAGCAGGUCUAUGAGAAGCAGCUGUGUUUGUCCUUCCUCACUGGGAUCUAUGGCUGCCGCUGGAAACGCUACCAGCGUUCCCAUGACAACAGCUCCAAGUGGGAAUGUGCAUGGUUCAUCAUCUUGUGCAGCACCUUCUCCCUGCUCCUCUUCUGGGCUUACUUCUGGUUGGAGGCCCACAAUGACUACAACCAAUUCAACUGGUUACUAUACAACCGUUCUGGGGAAUGGAAGGACGGCACUGUCCCCAUUCUCGCAACCACCGCAGUUGGCUUUAGUUACAUAACAUUUUUAAUGAUUUUAGCACUCUGUCAUAUUUCACUGGGACAGCAGCUGAACCUCUACUGGAUCCACAAGAUUGGUGUGUUGGCUGCCUUGAUCACCACUGUCAGUGGUGUGGUCUCCAUCAGUGACGUGUGGGGGGACGAAUGGGACAUCAUUCUUAUAUCGCUACAGUCCACAGGUCCUUUCCUGCACAUAGGAGCUCUGGCUGCUGUCACAGCGCUGGGUUGGCUGGUCGCUGGACAUGUGAUCCGUGCAGGGAGAACCAAGUUCCACAUGAUUGUGCUGCUUGUCUACCUAAGUGUCCUGCUGGUCUUCUACAUGGUUCCCCUUGCCAUCACCUCACCCUGCAUCAUGGACAGGAACAGCCUCAAACCUCGACCUGAUGUCAUUGGAAGACGGGGGGCUCCAAUGCUGGCUCCAGAGAACACCCUGAUGUCCUUCAACAAGGCCCUGCAACAGGGGGUCAGCUCCCUGGAGGCCGACGUCUCCGUCAGUCUGGACGGGGUGCCCUUCCUGAUGCGAGACCGCACCCUGAGAAGGACCACUAACAUUGCCAAGGUCUUUCCAGACAAACAGCACGAGGACGCCUCUCUCUUCAAUUGGACAGAGAUUCGCUCUCUAAAUGCAGGGCAGUGGUUUUUGGAGAGCGACCCCUACUGGACAGUUGGGUCUCUGACAGAGAGGGAACGGAACCGAAUGGGGAACCUGACAGUGUGUAGCCUGGUAGAGAUGCUCCGCCUGACAGCCAGGGCCAACCGCUCAGCCCUGUUAAACCUCCAUAGACCUCCCCCAGAACACCCACACUACAAGACCUGGAUCAUGAACACCCUGUGGGCCGUCCAGAGGUCUGGGAUAUCACAGAAGAGGGUGACGUGGACCCCGGACACAGACAGGGGCCGUGUUAGGGGGCUGCAGCAGACCUCCUUAGAGAAACUGUCAGUGGAGGAGUUCAGACACAGGGGCAUCAGCAGCCUCACCCUGCGCUACUCACAGGCCAGUAACAAGGACAUUCAGGACUUCCUGGUGAACAACAUGAGUGUGAUGGUGUACCCGGUGAAUGAGCCGUGGCUCUACUCAGUGCUGUGGUGCAGCGGAGUGCCUUCUGUCUCCUCCGACGCCCCCCAGGUCCUACGCAAGGUGCCCUACCCCAUCUGGCUCAUGAGCCCAUAUGAAUACUGCUUAGUCUGGAUCACCUCAGAUCUUGUCUCCAUCGCCAUAGUUACAGGAAUAUUCAUCUUUCAAAAAUGGAGGAUGAGUGGCAUGCAGAACUACAACCCAGAGCAGAUCAUGCUGAGUGCUGUGACACGCCGGCCCAGCCGAGACGUCAACAUCAUGAAGGAGAAACUCAUAUUCUCAGAGGUAAGCAAUGGAGUAACCAAUACAGAUGAACAUUUCUAUCCAGAGAAUGGCUAUGACAUUGGGCAGUACAAGUGAGCUGUGUCUGUAUACCUGGAGAAUGGCCAGGACAAUGCACACUACAGAUGUCUCUGCACCUGUUUGAGCUGGUUGUGCUAACUACACUUAUGACGGCAUCACACGGCGACUGCAACAGACAGAAUCACAAUGGCUGCUACUUUAAACUUAGAUGUUUCCGCCCAACAUGUUAGAACUUUGAACUUCUAAAAGUUGUGAAUGUUCAAUGUUUUGAAGAAUGUUGAUCUACUUGCUGGAGUGACCUUUUUAAAAGUUGUAUUUCAAGCUCUGAAGGAUCAUGGGAUGUUUUUUCUUCUCAACUGUACAUUUUUGUAAAUAUGACUUUGUUUUUCAAUGAUUUUCUUUUCCCUCUGAGAGGAUUGUCAUGGUUUGGUGUUCUAAAUAGUAUGCUAUUAUAAGACUGAAUUCACUCUCAUGAUGAGUAGUGUGUGUCCUCUCCUAUCGAUGUGUGAAGGACAUUUAGCAUCAUUGGGAAUGUACACUGUUCUUGCAUUGUGGUUAUACAGGUAUGAACAUGAAGGGAAUUCAAUAGUCAACAUAGUCCAUGUUGCAAUCAUACUUUGUCUGCCUAUUUUGUCAUGCCAUGAUUGGUUUGCUUUAGGUUGAAGUUAUUAUAUCCUUAUCUCUUCACGUGGCUGCCUUUUUGUAAACUAGUUUCCUGGUAUGUUACAAUAAGAGUCUGUUGCAGUGUGUUUCAGUACUUAUAUUGUUAUAUGACACAACUCCUAUAAAUAGUAUUUCAGGAACAGUACCAGUCAAAAGUUUGGACACACCUACAGUACUCAUUCCAGGUUUUUUCUUUAUUUUUACUAUUUUCUACAUUGUAGAAUAAUCCAAACGAUUAAAUAACACAUGGAAUCAUGUAGUAACCAAAAAAGUAUUAAACAGAUCAAAUAUAUUUUACAUUUGAGAUUCUUCAAAGUAGCCACCCUUUUCCUUGACCGCUUUGCACACUCUUGGCAUUCUCUCAACCAGCUUCAUGAGGUAGUCAAUUAGAGUGCAUUUCAAUUUUAACCAGGCACACCUGUUAAAUUCAUUUGUGGAAUUUCUUUAUUUCCUUAAUGUGUUUUAGCCAAUCAGUUGUGUUGUGACAAGGUAGAGGUGGUAUACGUAAGAGAGCCCUAUUUGGUAAAAUACCAAGUCCAUAUUAUGCCAAGAACAGCUCAAAUAAGCAAAGAGAAAUGACAAUCCAUUAUUACUUUAAGACAUGAACGUCAGUCAAUCUGGAAAAUUUCAAGAACUUUGAAAGUUUCUUCAAGUGCAGUCACAAAAACCAUCAAGCGCUAUGAUGACUGGCUCCCAUCACGACAUCAAUAAGUGCUUCACAGGUGAAGUAGGUGAACGGAUAAUCUCUGCAUGUGUAGUUCCCACCGUAAAGCAUGGAGGAGGAGGUGGGAUGGUGCUUUGCUGGUGACACUCUAUUUAUUUAGACUUCAAGGCACACUUAAUCAGCAUGGCUACCACAGCAUUCUGCAGGGAUACACUAUCCCAUCUGGUUUGCACUUAGUGGGACUAUCAUUUGUUUUUCAACAGGACAAUGACCCAACACACCUCCAAGUUGUGUAAGGGCUAUUUGACCAAGAAGGAGAGUGAUGGAGUGCUACAUCAGAUGAUCUGGCCUCCACAAUCCCUCGACCCAAUUGAGAUGGUUUAGGAAGAGUUGGACUGCAGAGUGAAGGAAAAGUGCUCAGCAUAUGUGGGAACUACUUCAAGACUGUUGGAAAAGCAUUCCAGGUGAAGCUGGUUGAGAGAAUGCCAAGCGUGUGCAAAGCUGUCAUCAAGGCAAAGGGUGGCUACUUUGAAGAAUCUAUAAUAUAAAAUGUUUAUUUAACACUUUUUUGGUUACUACAUGUUUCCAUAUGUGUUAUUUCAUAGUUUUGAUGACUUCACUAUUCUACAAUGUAGAAAAUAGUCAAAAUAAAGAAAAACCCUUGAAUGAGUAGGUGUUUCAGCUCUUUUGACUUGAACUACACUGCUCAAAAAAAUAAAGGGAACACUUAAACAACACAAUGUAACUCCAAGUCAAUCACACUUCUAUGAAAUCAAACUGUCCACUUAGGAAGCAACACUAUUUGACAAUAAAUUUCAUAUGCUGUUGUGCAAAUGGAAUAGACAACAGGUGGAAAUUAUAGGCAAUUAGCAAGACCCCCAAUAAAGGAGUGGUUCUGCAGGUGGCAACCACAGACCACUUCUCAGUUCCUAUGCUUCCUGGCUGAUGUUUUGGUCACUUUUGAAUGCUGGCGGUGCUUUCACUCUAGUAGUAUUAUGAGACGGAGUCUACAACCCACACAAGUGGCUCAGGUAGUGCAGCUCAUCCAGGAUGGCACAUCAAUGCGAGCUGUGGCAAGAAGGUUUGCUGUGUCUGUCAGCGUAGUGUCCAGAGCAUGGAGGUGCUACCAGGAGACAGGCCAGUACAUCAGGAAACGUGGAGGAGGCCGUAGGAGGGCAACAACCCAGCAGCAGGACCGCUACCUCCGCCUUUGUGCAAGGAGGAGCACUGCCAGAGCCCUGCAAAAUGACCUCCAGCUGGCCACAAAUGUGCAUGUGUCUGCUCAAACGGUCAGAAACAGACUCCGUGAGGGUGGUAUGAGGGCCCGACGUCCACAGGUGGGGGUUGUACUUACAGCCCAACACCUUGCAGGGCGUUUGGCAUUUGCCAGAGGAUACCAAGAUUGGCAAAUUCGCCACUGGCGCCCUGUGCUCUUCACAGAUGAAUGCAGGUUCACACUGAGCACGUGACAGAGUCUGGAGACGCCGUGGAGAACGUUCUGCUGCCUGCAACAUCCUCCCGCAUGACCGGUUUGGCGGUGGGUCAGUCAUGGUGUGGGGUGGCAUUUAUUUGGGGGGGCCGCACAGCCCUCCAUGUGCUCGCCAGAGGUAGCCUGACUGCCAUUAGGUACCGAGAUGAGAUCCUCAGACCCCUUGUGAGACCAUAUGCUGGUGCGGUUGGCCCUGGGUUCCUCCUAAUGCAAGACAAUGCUAGACCUCAUGUGACUGGAGUGUGUCAGCAGUUCCUGCAAGAGGAAGGCAUUGAUGCUAUGGACUGGCCCGCCCGUUCCCCAGACCUGAAUCCAAUUGAGCACAUCUGGGACAUCAUGUCUCGCUCCAUCCACCAACGCCAUGUUGCACUACAGACUGUCCAGGAGUUGGCGGAUGCUUUAGUCCAGGUCUGGGAGGAGAUCCCUCAAGAGACCAUCUCAUCAGGAGCAUACCCAGGCGUUGUAGGGAGGUCAUACAGGCACGUGGAGGCCACACACACUACUGAGCCUCAUUUUCCACUUGUUUUAAGGACAUUACAUCAAAUUUGGAUCAGCCUGUAGUGUGGUUUUCCACUUUAAUUUUGAGUGUCACUCCAAAUCCAGACCUCCAUUGGUUGAUAAAUUUGAUUUCCAUUGAUAAUUUUUGUGAUUUUGUUGUCAGCACAUUCAACUCUGUAAAGAAAAAAGUAUUUAAUAAGAAUAUUUCAUUCAUUCAGAUCUAGGAUGUUAUUUUAGUGUUCCCUUUAUUUUUUUGAGCAGUGUAUAUGUGGAUCAUAUGUGGAAAUAAAGCAAUAGAUGUGUCCCUUUAUCUUGGGGAAACAUGACUGUGUAGUUGUACACAUCAUACACUAUGGAUAUAUAUAUAUUUUUUACCUCUGUGCAAAUGUACUUACUGUCAUUUUUAAAGUGUUUCUAGUCGAUAUUAAACCCCAUAGUUGUGUGAGUUGGCAAAACAAGUAUAUUUUUAAAUUGCAGUGUUUCACAGAUCUGUUACUUAAGGUCCUGAUUGUGCUAUUAUAAACAUUUCUCCAUUCGUUAUACAUGGCACACUGCUAACAGAAUGGUCAAAUCUGUUCAGUUUAGGAUUAUACAUUUAGGAAUAAAUAGGCCUGUGUUGGAUUAGGCCCAAUCCAGGAUAUAUAGUGUUAAUGAACACUUCCACCAUGUGGACUCCUGCUCUGAAGUAAGGGUGGAGUGAUGUUCCUCUCAGAUUUCCAUCUGAAAUCAGCCACUUGCUUAAAUAAAGAAUGUAAAUGUA